CCCAUUCCCAUCCUCAUCCUUCAUCCUUCAAAUUGCGUGGUUGAGUGCUUACCAGUCAGUGCCCUCACGAUGGGCCAAGUAGUGGAGGUUAUUGACGGGUCCGUAAGUGCCUAUGGUAGACUACAUAUACAUCCCCCCUACUUAAGAUGAAUGAUCGGCAAGAGUCCGAAGAUUGGUAUACGAGUCCUCCCAACCGACCAACCCGUUGAGAUCCCCACUGCCAACCUUGAACCGUGAGAGAUGGCUCAUCGGUUCCUCCCCCGCUUGCCUCGCACGAUCCACACCCCGAUCCGCACGGCCUCACCCAGGCCUCAUCACUGUCGCCACUACUCGUCGCCGCAAUCUGCCCGGUCGCAAGCUGCCUUGUCCUCUCUCCGCAUCCAGAAGACGCAAUCGCCGAGCCCCCCGCCCGAUGCCGGACAGUUACAGUUUGGAAGGGCUUUUACAGACCACAUCUUCACCUUCGAAUGGACCACAGAACAUGGCUGGACGAAUCCCCAGAUCACUCCCUACGGCAAAAUGCCCCUCGACCCUGCCGCCUGCGUCCUGCACUACGCCUUCACCUGCUUCGAGGGCAUGAAAGCCUACAAGGACCCACAGGGCAAUGCACGCCUGUUCCGCCCCCAAAAGAACCUGCAGAGGCUCAACCGGUCGGCAGCGAGACUGGCGCUGCCCACCUUUGAUGAGGAGAGCAUGUUAGAUCUGCUGGCCCGGUAUGUGGAGCUGGAGAAGGGGUUUAUUCCCCCUCUGCCGGGAUAUUCCCUCUACCUGCGACCGACGUUGAUGGGCACGGAGGCCAGCAUCAGCGUCUCGCGGCCGCGGUCAGCGCUGCUCUAUGUGAUUGCCAGCCCCAUGGGGAAUUACUUUGCGGGCGGCAUGAAGGCUGUCUCGUUGCAGGCGACGCGGUCGCCGGUGCGCGCGUGGCCGGGUGGGGUGGGCGAGUUCAAGGUUGGGGGGAACUAUGCGCCCAGCAUUGUGCCGCAGGAGGAUGCGGCAGCGGCGGGCUUCCAACAGAAUCUCUGGUUGUUGGCCGAUAGCGAAGGGGACGAGUAUGUGACGGAGGCUGGGACAAUGAAUCUGUUCGUGGUCUGGGUGAAUCCGGACACCGGCCGGACAGAGCUGGUGACGCCCCCGUUGGAUGGCACAAUCCUGCCCGGGGUGACCAGAACAUCCAUUCUGGAGCUUGCGAGGGAGAGACUGAGCAAAGAGGGGAUGGACAUAAGUGAGAGGAGCAUCACCAUGAAGGAACUGGCCAAUGCUUCGAGGGAAGGACGGCUGUCAGAGGUGUUUGGCGCGGGCACCGCGGUGGUCGUCUCGCCCGUCAGAUCCAUUCAGUGGAACGACCAGACAAUCGAUUGUGGCCUGAAGAAGGACGAAGAGGCCGGUCCGGUGAGUCUGAAAGUCAAGAAGUGGAUUGAGGAGAUCCAGUAUGGUUUGGUAGAUCAUCCUUGGAGUUAUCGGGUAUAAUGGCUUUUUAAUCCUUGUACUAGCUAGCAUCAACUUUUAUUUUUAAUCCAGGCUUUCCUAGCCUAGCAAAUAAGCUACGAGUGAACAUCCCUUUAGACCACCA